GAUAGUUCAAGCCCAAUGAGACCAUCGGUAGCUGUCACCGCGAACGCGGGGUCUCCUCCAUCCAGAAUACCAGGGUUGCGGAUGCCAGGAUCUCAUAAGUGUGUUCAAUCCUGCAGGAUGGUGAGGAUGGAUGAACCCCAUCUUUGCGGGGAACGCAGGCCCAAACAAUACCUAUAUUAAUGGUUGUCUUCCUUCUUACAAAGGUCUCUGGUUCUGCUCCAUCUGCAUAUCAUUGAUGUACAUUCGGUGAUACAAUAUGGCGAAAUCAUUCAGAGAUCCUCGCCAACAGGCUUCGUCAACAAUCGACGAGAAGAAAUUGGACUUCGCAAAUGACGAAUUCCCUCACAAGAAUGAAGUACCCGCCUCAAAAAAUGUCCAUGACCCGAACUGGUCUGGCAACGGCAUUGACACCUCCAAUGUCAACCGAGAGAAAACCCUCCGCAAAAUGGAUAUCCGCCUGAUCCCAAUGCUAGCUGUCUUGUACUUGCUCUCCUUCUUAGAUCGUGGCAACAUCGGGAAUGCAAAGAUCCAAGGCAUGCAAGAGGACUUGAAACUCACCGGUCAACAAUACAAUCUGUGCGCGACCGUGUUCUUCUUCACCUACUGCGCCUUCGAAAUUCCAUCCAACUUACUUCUCAAACGGUUCAGGCCGUCUAUCUGGCUACCCAGUAUCAUGGUUGCAUGGGGUUCAGUCAUGACCCUUAUGGGGUUGGUGCACAACUAUCAUGGGUUGCUCAUUGCGAGGUUGUUCCUAGGUGUCGCUGAGGCUGGUUUGUAUCCAGGUGUUGCAUACUACUUGACUAUGUGGUACUGCACCGAAGAACUUGCAUUCCGCCAAGGUCUGUUUUUCAGUGCCGCCAGCGUAGCAGGCGCUUUCUCCGGCUUGCUUGCCUAUGCCAUUGCCAAAAUGGACGGUGUUGGUGGUAGAGCAGGCUGGCAGUGGAUUUUCAUUCUCGAAGGUCUCUUGACUGUUGUAGUAGCCAUUUCCGCGUUCUUCUUACUCUACGACUUUCCAGAUACCGCCGGAUUCCUGAGUGUGGAAGAGAAAGCUUGGGUCGUACAUCGUUUGAAAUACCAGGGGAGCAAGAAGAGCGGGCGAGCCGUGGCUGAGACGGAUCAUUUUGAGUGGAAAUAUGUUACUAAAGCCCUGACCGACUGGCAACUCUAUCUCAGUCUUCUUAUGUACUGGGGAAUUGUGUGCCCUCUCUAUGGCAUCUCCCUCUUCCUGCCAACAAUUAUCAAACAGCUCGGCUACACCUCUACCACAGCUCAACUUCUUACGAUACCAAUUUACUGUACCGCUGCAGUACUUGCAAUCAUUGUUUGUUGGUGUUCCGACAAAGCCGCCAAACGUGGUGCCUCUCGCUGGCCCUACGUCUUCUUCCCUAUGCUUGCUAUUCUUGUCGGAUUCGUCAUGGCUAUUUCCGGUUCUGCUCAUGGCGGCGUUCCUGGCGUCGUCUACGCUGGUGUCUUUAUUGCAACCUGUGGCAUUUAUCCAGCUUUUCCAGGCAAUAUUACAUGGAUCAGCAAUAAUCUGGCUGGUAGCUACAAGAGAGCAGCGGGUAUGGCAUUCCAGAUCGGAGUCGGCAAUCUCGGAGGAGCAAUGGCGAGCAACUUCUAUAGGAGCAUGGACGGACCGAAGUAUCUGCUUGGACAUGGCUUAGAAAUUGGCUUUGUGACCUUAGGGUUGUUUGCCUGUGUUGUGCUGAGGUUGAACUAUGGACGUAUCAAUGCGAAGAGAGAGCACAGUGGCGAGGCAGAACGGCUGACAGAUGAUGAAUUGGCUGAUCUGGGGGAUAAGAGCCCAACAUUCCGUUAUACCCUAUAGAUUGCCAGUCUGCAGGGCAUACCAUAUCAACAAGGUUCGGUUUAAAUACAAUAUACUGAUUCGAAAAUACAAGUUUCACUUCUACCAGUUGCCUUGUGUCAAG